AUGAUCCACCCAUGGAGAGAGCUGCAAGCCUGCAAAGCACGGGGUGGGGGCGUACUCGGAAAAAGCGCGGCCGGGCGGGCAGGCUUGCGAGCCCAAACAGCAAGCAACAGGCAGCUGAAUGAAUCCCGCGUUCGAAUUCAUCAUCAAUUCGGCAUUGCUUCCCCUGCUCCCCAAGCCUACCAACCAACUCGCACGGAGAGAGCUUUGACCUCCGAGAGCUUCAGCUCAGCUCUUCUCCGCGCCUCCACGCCACGCGGCUGUAUUUAUAGCGCUCUUCCUCCAGGAAGGAGGGCGAGAGGGGAAGAGGACAAGCAGGUCAAUGUGCAAGCAUACCGACAGCUCCAGAGGAGGAAGAAGGAGGAGGAGAGGCAGCAUACAGACAACAAGGAGAGCGACGACGACGGCCACGGCAGCUUCCCGUGAUCCUGUCCUACUCCAAAGGAAUAAUCCGAGGUCGGUCCAUGGCUUCUAGGAAGGUCCCAAUCAUUGCCUCCCUUGUCCCCUUCCUGCUCCUCCUCCUCCUCGUCGGAUUGGCUUCCGCGAGGAAGGACGGCGGCGGCGGCAGGGCGCGGGCGCGGGUGCCCUUCCGCGCCGGGGAUGAGCGGGACGCGUACAGGAGGAUCAUGGCCCGGAUGGCCAGGAUGGAGAAGGACUGCAACAAGACAAUCCAGAGCCCCGACGGCGACGUCAUCCACUGCGUGCCGUUGCACCGGCAGCCGGCGUUCGACCACCCCAAGCUCAGAGGGCAGAAGCCCGAGGAUGAGCCUGCGGUGAGGCCCAUGACCAAGGGCGGCGGCGGCGCCGCCGGCGAGGAGGAGGAGGAGUCCGUGUUCUUCCGGCAGGCGUGGAGCGACGGCGGCGAGCGGUGCCCCGAGGGGACGGUGCCGAUACGGCGGACGACGGCGCAGGACGUGCUGCGCUCCGGCUCCGCCCGCCGGUUCGGGAUGAAGCCCCGCGCCAGCAACGUCCGCCGCGACUCCACCAGCAGCGGCCACGAGCACGCGGUGGGGUACGUGACCGGGGACCAGUUCUACGGCGCCAAGGCGAGCCUGAACGUGUGGUCGGCCAAGGUGGCGUCGGCGGCGGAGUUCAGCCUCUCCCAGAUCUGGGUCAUCUCCGGCUCCUUCGGCAACGACCUCAACACCAUCGAGGCCGGAUGGCAGGUCAGCCCUGAACUGUAUGGAGAUAGCAACCCAAGGUUCUUCACGUACUGGACGACCGACGCAUACCAGGCGACUGGGUGCUACAACCUGCACUGCUCCGGCUUCGUCCAGACUAACAGCCGGAUCGCCAUCGGAGCCGCCAUCUCGCCCACCUCCGUCUACAACGGCCGCCAGUUCGACAUCAGCCUGCUCAUAUGGAAGGACCCACACCGCGGGAACUGGUGGCUGCAGCUGGGGUCGGGCCCGCUGGUGGGGUACUGGCCGUCGUUCCUGUUCACGCACCUGGGCGGGCACGCCAACAUGGUGCAGUUCGGCGGCGAGGUUGUGAACUCGCGCCCGUCGGGCUCGCACACGCCCACGCAGAUGGGGAGCGGCCACUUCCCGCGGGAAGGCUUCAACCGCGCCGCCUACUUCCGCAACGUGCAGGUGGUGGACGGCGACAACAGCCUCGUCCCCGCCGCCACGCUCCGGCUCGUCGCCGACCACCCCGGCUGCUACGACAUCCGGGGAGGGUACAACCGCGCAUGGGGGAACUACUUCUACUACGGCGGGCCUGGCAGGAACGUGCACUGCCCCUAGUAGCUGAAGCUCAUAACCAUGCAUGAAGAAGAGACUAAAGCAAAUACUACAUAGAUACAUAGAAGGAGGAGGAGGAGGGAUCGCCGGUGAUGCCGCCGGAGUUCGACCGCCGAUCAACGCCGCCACCGGAAAAUGGUUGUAGCAUUCGGUGCUAAGCUAGCAAGAUGAUUAUUACUAGUGAUAGUUUUGAGCCCAGCUACACGCGGGCGGGUAGUAGUAGAGCCAAAAGGUUUCGAGUGGUGGUGUAUGUGAUGAGCGGCUUCGUUGCUUGUUCUGAUUUUGUUUUUGUUUUCUUGAGUUAUGUAUACAUGACGGAUUUCACAUAGAGUGCUUUCUCCAUAUGUAUAGCACGACCCAUAUGUCCAUUGCACAGUGUGUUUUCGAUAGUGUGCCCAAAUCUUCAUUAGAAAUAAGCGUCCGUUGUGAACUA